UAUGGGCCCUGGUCACACGAGCAAUAAUAACGGACACAUGGAAGAUGGACGAACCGAUUUCCGCCAGCUCAAGCUGAAGACUGGGUUCUACCAGGUCCUUCCCGGAAAGGGUAUACGAGGAAUAUGAGGCUACCACCUUGGAAAUCCAUCGAAAGUUAACGAGCUUUUCGGAGGCAUACAUUACCCUUUGAGCCUCGGUGAGGGCAUACUUGGGGGACUUGGCCUUUCGGAGCAUUAUGAUAGGAAGAGGAACAUUUGAUUGUUUCGUGAUUCCACACCGGAGUAAAGGGCCAGGGCGUUUCGCCCACGUUGUCUGCUUUACGAAUUGCCCUCCGGGCCGUCAUGCCAUCAGUGACAGCAACUUAAAAUUUCUUUUCGCUGUCCUCUUGCUGUCCUCCCCCACGACAAUAACCCCAGAUAACCUCUUUUUAUGCUAUAAGGGAUCACCGCCUAGAGCUAUGAUCAUUCAACUUUCAAGAGAUCCAGACAUCUCCAAGCUUGUACGAUGCAUCGAGUUUUACUUUCCUGAAGCCGAUAACGGAUUUUUUGCUGUAUUUGCUGCUAUGUCUGGGGCCUUGGCUUAUCUGACUGAAGUGCAAGAGAUCAGUAUCGCAUGCAUGCGGUACAAUGGACGUCCUAGAGGUGUUUUUUGCCUUUGUCUGGAAGGCUUUUGGGACGAACCUCAAGAAACUCACCAUUACCAAUUAUCAUACAUAUAUAUCAAGAUCACGUACUAAGCCUCCUUUCUUGUUUCAUUCACCGAUCUGGGAGGUCUGCACGUGGCUACUAACACUCUUAGUGACCUGGCAGGCCUUGGCAACUUGCUCACUCAAUAUGUCCAUACUUCAAUCAGUGGAUAAAGCAUUUUUUCGACGAACACACCC